AUACAGGCCGCUCUUACACGGAAAUAACGACGAUUUGUUGGUGGUACACGAAAACGCCCUGGAACAUUGAGAUGAAUGCGAGAUUACCCGCACACGGUGACCGGUGCAUAUAGCCUAGCCAUAGAUAGUUGAAACUCCUGCUAUUUUCAAAGUAAGCGUCGUCAACAAGGGCUGGUAAAAAAAAAUUGCAGGAAAAUGUCUGCUGAUCCCUCCGUAAAGAAACUGUUGGAAGUUAUAAAGAAACCGGGGAACAAUGUUUGCGCUGACUGCGGCGAGAGAAUCGUUCGGGACGACAAAGAUGAAAAUCAAGCAUGUCAUGGGAAUAGAGCGAAUUGGUCAUCAUACAACCUGGGUGUGUUCUUGUGCGUGCCGUGCGCCUCGGUACAUCGCAAGCUGGGUGUCCACAUUAGCAAAGUGACAUCCGUUCAGUUGGACCGGUGGAAUGAGGACCAAGUUGAAUUUAUGGAAGUGAAUGGGAAUCUGAAGGCCAAGGAGAAGUAUGAAUUAGACGUACCCGUGAGUUACCGGAGACCGAUGUUACCCUCAGAUCCUGAGGUGGUCCGCGAGCAGUGGAUCCGUGGCAAGUAUGAGAGGCAGGAGUUCGUCAAUGUCAACCUGCAGAAGUACCGGACCAAAGAGAUGGAAGGGGUGAUGUGGAAGAAACUGAGGGACAAGCAGAACUUCAUGGAGCGCCGAUUCGUCCUCUCGGAGACCGAUUACACCCUCAAAUACUACAACAGAGCAGAUGCCAAGGAGCCUAAGGCUGUCAUUGAUUUAGGGAAACUGCACGUCGCCUUUUGUCCGGACAAGGUGGGCAAUCCCAAUGGAAUGCAGCUUUACUUUGAGCAGAAGGGCGGGGAAAUUCGUAACAUCUUCGUCUACACUGACACUGGAAAAGAGAUCAUUGACUGGUAUAACGCCAUCCGUCACAUGAAGUAUAACCGUCUGAUGGUGGCAUUUCCAGGUGGCCUGUGCCAGGAAGAGAUAACCAAGAUACUGAACAAAGGAGAUAUAAUUAAAGAAGGGUGGCUGCAUAAAACAGGUUCCAAAGGUAAUGAAGCCUUCCGGAAGCGUUGGGUGAUACUCACUCACAAGAGGAUUACAUACUACGAGACACCCCUGGAUGACGUUUGCAAGAAGUCGGUGGUGCUUGGUACCAACUUGAGUGAGUACAAGUGUAUUGAGGGCGUUCCCCCGGGCAAGCUAGAGCAGGGCUUCUCGUUCACCGUGAGAGUACCCGGCCGGGAUUUCUUCUUCUCGGCCGAGACGGGAACAGAGCGCAAGAAUUGGAUGACCGCCAUCAACAAGGAAAUAGGCGUAGUGAACGAGUAAUAGAGGAACAAAAACAUACAAACAAACAAAAAUCUCCAAGAUAUGUUAGACACUUGGACGCAGUUUCCAUGGAGUUCUGUUUUCCAAUAAUUAGAUGAAUAACAACUGUUUUUAAGUGUUGUCUUGAGUUUCUAUGUAUUUGCUCAGUUACCUCAACUGGGUUCAUGGUAGGAAAGAGUGAAUGGGUCAUUCAAAUGAGGUCACUUUCCCUGGUACCCACCCAGUAUUGGUACUCACUGCUUGAAUAGAAACAAGUGCAAGUGGAUAUAAACAGUAAAGAGAAGACUGAUGAGUGUAAAAAGGCCUGAUUUAAACGAAGGAAUGGAUCAUUAUAUUUUGAUAUGACCAAUGUAAAAAAAAAAACAA